ACAUGUUGCGAUGGCAUGCACGAGGAGAACUAAAACUUUGGUGUCCACGUGCGUGAUUUUAAGCGGCAUGACCAAUAUUUUAUGUCUCCUCUACGUCGGCUGGAUCACCAAUUAUGUGUCUAAUAACGGGAACGUCAAAGUUGCAGGUAGGACGCCCGUUAAAAAGUUUGAUGACGAUAACAGAGGAGAAACACUGCGCAUUAUCGAGAGACUCGACAGACUAGAGAGUGUUGUUAACCAGCACAUCCAAGAGAAACCUCUAAAUGAUGGGGAAGACACAGCAGCAGACCUGUCCCUCUCUGACUCGCUGUUUGCCCGCUGGGGUCAUAACCUUGGCCCAGACAGCCGGAAGGUGGCCCUGAAGAAGUUCCAAUAUUAUGGUUACAACGGUUACCUCAGCGACAGACUGUCUUUGGACAGAGCGAUCCCAGACCUCAGGCCAGACGGGUGCAGAAACAUCUCAUACCCCUCCAGUCUACCACAAGUCAGCAUCGUAUUCAUCUUUGUGAAUGAAGCUCUGUCAGUCAUCCUGCGCUCUGUUCAUUCAGUGAUUCAUCAAACACCCUCCCACCUGCUCAAGGAGAUCAUACUUGUCGAUGACAACAGCAACAACGCUGAACUGAGAGAAAACCUGCAGAGGUUUGUGGAAGAGACCAACCAGCAGCAUCCUGACUUCAUUAAAGUGGUUCGUCAUGACAAACAGGAGGGUUUAAUUCGCUCUCGUGUCAGUGGCUGGAGAGCUGCCACCGCCCCCAUCGUGGCCCUGUUUGAUGCCCAUGUGGAAUUCGGCAUGGGAUGGGUUGAACCAAUCCUUCACAGAAUUAAAGAAGACCGAACCCGGGUAAUCACCCCCUCUUUUGACAACAUCAAAUACGACACGUUUGAGAUUGAAGAGUAUCCUCUCUCUGCUCAAGGCUUUGACUGGGAACUGUGGUGUCGCUACCUGAACCCUCCUAAAUCCUGGUGGACACAGAAGAAUCAUACUGCACCAAUAAGGAGUCCUGCUCUGAUUGGCUGCUUUGUGGUGGAUAGGGAGUAUUUUGAGGAGAUUGGACUGCUGGAUGAAGGGAUGGAAGUUUAUGGAGGGGAAAACGUGGAGCUGGGGAUCCGGGUAUGGUUGUGCGGAGGAAGUGUGGAGGUCAUGCCCUGCUCCAGAAUAGCUCAUAUUGAGCGUGCCCACAAGCCCUACACGGAGGAUCUAGCAACUCAUGUUCGUAGGAACGCGUUGAGGGUGGCGGAGGUGUGGAUGGACGAGUUCAAGAGCCACGUUUACAUGGCCUGGAAUGUUCCACAACAGGACUCAGGGAUCGAUAUCGGUGAUAUCACAGAGAGAAAAGCGCUCAGACAGAGGCUCCAGUGUAAGCCCUUUAGCUGGUUCCUGAAGAAUAUUUAUUCUGAGAUGAGAACCUACACAGACACAAUCGCCUAUGGUGUACUGAGAAACAGUCUGAGGCCAGAUCUGUGUGUGGAUCAAGGACCCGAGUCUGACAACAUUCCCAUCCUGUACAUCUGCCAUGGGUUGACGCCUCAGAAUGUAUUCUACACCAGCUCUCAACAGUUGCAUGUUGGAGGAUUGAGUCCAACCAUUGAUGAUGAUGACAACAAGUGCCUGGUGGAUGUGAAUGGUCGGGCACGAUUGCUUGAAUGCAGCUAUGCCAACAACAAGCACAUGAAGCUCUCCUGGCUCUUUACUCAGGGAGGCUCCGUUCUGAACAGGAAGUCGAAGCGUUGCCUGGAGCUGGUAGAAAGUGCAGAAGUGGAGCAUGGUUACCAGCUGGCUCUUCAGAAGUGCAGCAAUCAGAAAUGGACAAUUGCAAACAUAUUGCCUGGCACAGUUCUAUAAUGCCCUGGUGUUUUUUGUGGGACUUGCAUAAUGUAGUUAUCACUGGAUUUACAAUGUUCUGAGAUGCUGUUUCCCUUUACAUGCAUUGAUGUUUAGUCAGACAGAGGAUAACACUGUAUGAUGAUAACUUGAUGUCUCAGGCGUGGACUUCAAAGACAUCAAGGGACAAACUUCAAACAUCUCCUACUGAUUAUUUAUACUUAUAUUUUCUGUAAUUUGUAUUAUUUAUAUUUCAUUUAUAUUUAAUGACCAAAAGAUGUUGGUGAGACAGUGUUGUUUAAAUGUAUAUCAACACAGCUCUUCUGUAUUAUUUAAGCUUGCAUUGGCUCUUGUAUGUUUGGAAUUUUUGUAGAUUUGCUACUGUGUAGCACAAAGUUUAAAUGUAUUUUUAGUUUUUUCUUUCCCUCAUUUCUCAGGCUUGUGAAUGAAGGAUGUAAUUAUCCAAUGUGGGGAAAAUAUAUUUUAUAAAUAU